AUGUUAUUUUGUUUAAUUUCAUUCUUUCGAUUUGAUUUCCGAAUAUUAAUAACUCCUAAAAAAUCCGAAACAACGCCAGUGAGAGUCGCGGAGAGCUCCACACCUUCUCAAGUUUCAGGUACCAAUUCCGGAGAUACUUCGUCCCCAGCUUAUACGCUUUUGAGCGUUGGACAGACAUUUUCUUGUACACAAAAUGUCUCUAGUUUACAAAAAGAGGAAGCUUGGAGAGUUAAUGUCCGAAUACAAGGAUGUGAUCUCGAACACGGGUAUCUUUGUGGGACAAUGGAAGCUCUAAAUGUUCCUAUGGCCGAUACACCAGUAAGUUGAAUGCUUUAACCGACCGAGUAGGUUUUGAAAUGUUUGCUGGGAGUCAUCCUCUUAAGUUUCACUGUGUAAUGAUCAUUUGAUUUUACAAUGUUUGAUGAAUUUGUACCACAGAAAGCUUAUCAAGUUAUACUUUAAGAUGGACAUUGCCUUCUAGUGUGACUA